ACAUCAUCCAUCUGAACCACCCAAGCUCGCAGCACAGACACAUACACACACACAACGGUCUUAGACCAAUCGAGAUGGCUUUCUCAAGGAUGCUGGCGAUGGCGGUUCUGGCGGCGCUGUUCAUCGGCGCGAUGUCCACGAAGGUGGAUUUGACGGUGGAGAAGGGUUCUGACGUGAAGACGCUGGUGCUGAACAUCAAGUACACGAGGCCAGGGGACACCCUGGCGGAGGUGGAGCUCCGGCAGCACGGCUCGGAGGAGUGGGAACCCAUGACGAAGAAGGGCAACCUGUGGGAGGUGAAGAGCGCCAAGCCGCUCACCGGCCCAAUGAACUUCCGCUUCCUCUCCAAGGGCGGCAUGAAGAACGUCUUCGACGAGGUCAUCCCCACCGCCUUCACGGUCGGCAAAACAUACACCCCGGAAUAUAACUGAAGAUCCAGUGAUCCAGUCCACAUCCAUCCGUCCAAGUUUGGUAACAUGGCAUGCAUGAAUCACACCUGAUGAUGCGCAUGCAUAUAUAGUAUGAAUAAGUGGUGACGCGCCUGAAUUUCUUUGAAGUGCUAUAGGAGAGGCAAAAUGAAGAAUGUGUUUGCCCUCACUUUUUUUUAACCAAAUGUAUUGGAGUUGUGAAAUAUUUAUAUUGCCUUUUUUUA